CCCUAGGAGGGGCUGCGUCUCGUCGGCCCGGCGGCAUGCCGGGGGGCCGAAGGGGCCUCGUGGCCCCGCAAAACACCUUCCUCGAGAACAUCGUCCGGCGUUACAACUCACUACCGGACUGCAGCUUCCUGCUGGCGAACGCGCAGAUCGUGGACUACCCGAUCGUGUACUGCUCGGAGAGCUUCUGCAAGAUCUCCGGCUACAACCGGGCCGAAGUGAUGCAGAAGAGCUGCCGCUGCAGCUUCAUGUACGGCGAGCUCACCGACCGGCCCACCAUCAGCAAGCUGGAGCACUGCCUGGACGCGCACGCACAGGACCAGCUCGAGAUACUGCUGUACCGGAAGAACCGGACGCCGCUGUGGCUGCUGCUGCACGUGGCGCCCAUCAAGAACGAGAAGGACAUGGUCGUCCUCUUCUUGCUCACAUUCCGAGACAUCACGGCGCUCAAGCAACCCCUCGAGGACGACGUCUCGAAAGCUGGCCUGAGCAAGUUCGCCCGGCUUGCCCGCUCUGUGACCAGGAGUCGGUCGGUGCUGGUACAGUUCUCCUCGCACCUUCCGGCCGCCAUCAAAGCGGACGCCGGCCCCGGCACAUCUCGCCAGUCGCAGAUCGCGCACAUGAUGAGCCUGAACGCCGAGGUGCUUCCCCAGUAUCGCCAGGAGGCGCCCAAGACGCCGCCUCACAUCCUGCUCCACUACUGCGCCUUCAAAGCCAUCUGGGACUGGGUGAUCCUGUGCCUGACCUUCUACACGGCCAUCAUGGUGCCGUACAACGUGGCCUUCAAGAACAAGACGAGCGAGGACGUGUCGUUGCUCGUGCUCGACUCCAUCGUGGAUGUCAUCUUCUUCAUCGACAUCGUGCUCAACUUCCACACCACGUUCGUCGGACCCGGAGGAGAGGUGGUGUCCGACCCGAAGAUAAUCCGCAUGAACUACCUCAAGUCAUGGUUCACCAUCGACCUGUUGUCGUGCCUGCCGUAUGACGUUUUCAAUGCGUUCGACAACGGCGAGGACCAACAGGGCAUCGGCAGCCUAUUCAGCGCGCUCAAAGUGGUGCGACUACUGCGGCUGGGCCGCGUGGUACGCAAGCUGGACCGCUACCUGGAGUACGGCGCCGCCAUGCUGAUCCUGCUGCUCUGCUUCUACAUGCUGGUGGCCCACUGGCUCGCCUGCAUCUGGUACAGCAUCGGCCGCAGCGACGCCGAGAACGGGGUCCAGUUCAGCUGGCUCUGGAAGCUCGCCAACGUCACGCAGUCACAGUUCAAGGCGAGUCGCCCGUGGACCGUCCGCUACGUCAACGACUCGCAUCACGGCCUGAAAGCGGAGUUGGUGGGCGGGCCCCCUCGGGGCACCAUGUACGUGACGUCACUGUACUACACCAUGACGUGUAUGACGAGCGUCGGCUUCGGCAAUGUGGCCGCCGAGACCGACAACGAGAAGGUCUUCACCAUAUGCAUGAUGAUCAUUGGAGCGCUGCUGUACGCCACCAUCUUCGGCCACGUGACGACCAUCAUCCAGCAGAUGACGUCGGCCACGGCGCGCUACCACGAGAUGCUCAACAACGUGCGCGAGUUCAUGAAGCUGCACGAGGUGCCGCGAGCUCUGAGCGAGCGCGUCAUGGACUACGUGGUCUCCACCUGGGCCAUGAGCAAGGGCAUCGACACCAAGAAGGUGCUCAGCUACUGCCCCAAGGACAUGACGGCGGACAUCUGCGUGCACCUGAACCGCAAGGUCUUCAACGAGCACCCGGCCUUCCGGUUGGCGAGCGACGGCUGCCUGCGCGCCCUCGCCAUGUACUUCAGCAUGGACCACUCGGCGCCCGGCGACCUGCUCUACCACACCGGCGAGAGCAUCGACACCCUCUCCUUCGUGGUCGCCGGUUCGCUGGAGGUGAUCCAGGACGACGAGGUGGUGGCCAUCUUGGGCCGGGGCGACGUGUUCGGCGACGCCUUCUGGAAGGAGCCCACCAUUGGCCAGUCGUGCGCCAACGUGCGCGCCCUCACCUACUGCGACCUGCACUCCAUCAAGCGAGACAAGCUGCUCGAGGUGCUCAACUUCUACCACGCGUUCGCAAACUCCUUCGCGCGAAACCUCCUACUCACGUACAACCUCAGGCACAGGCUCAUCUUCCGCAAGGUGUCUGACGUCAAGCGCGAGAAGGAGCUCGCCGAGAGGCGAAAGCACGAGCCCCUCCAGGAGCUCUCCCAGGACCACCUGGUGCGCAAGAUCUUCUCGAAGUUCCGCAAGAACGGCUCGGCCAGCUCGGCCGCCACCACUCCGGCCGGCGGGAGCACCCCCGACCACGGCCGCUCUCCCGCCUCCCCGCUCGCCAUCCUGCCCUCGCCUGACAUCGAGAAGGGCGCCCUGGUGCGUCCGGCGUCCCAGGUACCGGCCAUCGUGGCGAGCAGCCACGACGGCCCGGGGCCUCAGCCACCGUCGGCGCCCAAGGUGGUGCACAUCUCUGAGGCUCCGCCCACGUCCACGCACGCGCCCAAGCUGUCCCGCUGGGCGACGCUGCGAUCGGACUCCGUGUCCACCGGGGACAACAAAGAGAACCAGCCGGCGGAAAACGCACAGCCACACCAGGUAAUCGUCAAGCCGACCGUGCCUGCUACCGCUCCCGUGGCGCCAUCCAUCAAAGAACAGCCCGCCGCCGCGGCUGCCAGUACCGUGCUCGUACCUCCAGCGAGGCCCGCCGUGUCGGCGGGGCCGGCUCAGAACGGCAGCGGCGCAGCACCGCACCGCGGCCUGUCCAAGUGGGCCAAGAGCAUGAGCUCCAAGCACGAGACCAUCGAAGAGACGGCCGAGCCGGAGACGUCCAGCCCGGGCAAAGGCAGCGAGAGCGAAGAGGCACCGCCGCCUCCGCGCCAGCAGCAGCAACCGCACCACCAGCACCAGCAGCAACAGGUGCAUCACCAGCAAUACCAGCAGCAGCCUCCCCAGAGGCCCCCGCCGCUGCCGCCGCUAGAGGCGCCACCUUCUCAACCCUCGGAAAGCCUCCUGUCUCCGCGCGCGGGAGGUGGGCGCGACUACCAGCAGCUCCUGGCCAACCUGAUGGACAUGCGCGUCGACCUCAAGAUGGAGAUCCAGAGGCUGCACACCAAGGUGUCCCGGAUAGACGACCACCUCGUGGAACUGCUCAAGAGCGCCGGAAGCGGCGGCGGCGGAAGCAGCGGACCUUCCUCGCCGCCCAGGUGCGACCCGCCCGAGGCCCCCGGAGGCGACGCGGCCGAGGCGACGUCGUCCUCCUCCAGGCGCGCCGCCGGCGGCGGCGGCAAGACUUCCAGGCAGGACGCCUCGGACGGCAAGAGCCGCAGCCACUCGCUCAAGCGCAAGUCCAGCCACAAAUCGAAGGCGUCCGAAGGUGGCGCCAGGGACUCUAAUAAGAUGGCCGCCGCGGCGGCCCCCACGGACUCUUCGGCGGCCGUGCGCGCCAUGCUAGAGAGUGAGAUCGCCGAGCAGGACACCGAGUGCGGCCCGGUUCCGGGAAGGGACUCGUCGACCACGUCGUCGCAGCACGACAGGCAGCAAUAACGACGCUGUGCGCGCCAUCUUUGUGUGUGGGCGUGUGACUACUGUGAGCAGCCGAUGGCGGCGCAAGCGCAACGUCUUUUUUUUUCUUCUUCUUCGUUUUCGGCAACCCGCAGUAGCGCGCCGUCUAGUGAGGGCGGUAGUUGCGGUCUUCGUCAGUCAGAGGACGUUGCUACGCGCGGUCCGAGAACGAGGGAGCUGAAAAGCGCCAUGGGGCCUUUGUCCUCGGUGCUCCAGCUUCUUGCGUCUCCUGAGAUAAAGAAAGUCUCUUACCCGCAGGACGCAGUUACAAAUCUGUAUCAGCCCAGGUGGAGUCCUGGCGGCUCACUUAGAACUGGAAACGCUACAGCAUACUGCCUCUUACCGCUCUUCCGCUCCGGUGGCUUGCGCAGCUCAAUUGUUCUCGCAUCGCGUAGAUGGCUCGCGGGGACGUCACACUGUGGCCGCCAUGUUGUUGAACCGCGAGCGCGCGAGCGUGACUUGUUAGGACUGAAGUUUGGACAAGUCAGAGAUCCGUGAUCGAGUAAGAACAUCGCGGCUCACAAAGGCACAGUGCGAGCGAAAGGCGCACGUCACACAGUGUUAUAUUUCCGAUUUCCUAUCGCCAAUCGCUAUGGCCCGCUUUUCGGGGGCUUGCUGUAUGCAGUUGCUUGCCGUACUUGUGCUAGACAUUAGUCACUCUACUGCGCACCGCCAUCUGACACCGCCCCCCCCCCUGCGGACUUUCCCUUGCUGGCACCAGUCGAAACUGGGCUACAACACUCCGUCCGGCAUCGGGGGAUGUUGUGAAACAUCACAACAUUGAAUUUGGCCGGUCUGAUUAAGAGUGCCCCAGCAUUGCACACCUAGUUUCGCACUAAUAUGUCCUUACCACACCUAAUCCCGUCUUCCUAUUUCCCCCGUACACAGCGGCAAGCUAGAUGAGGCUAGCUGAGAUCGCGCCCGUCUCUGCUUCCUUUCAAAAAAAUAUUUCUGUCGCGUUCGCAAGUACUUAAGAACCUGUUUUCUUUGUCACUCUAGAAAGUACAGCGAGCGGUUUUUCUUUCGUAUAUCCUGACAGCGCUGUGUGCUUGUGCCUUUCGUCCGUACUGUUUCAAUGUGGACGCUAUUCUUCGCGCAUGCGUGAAAGAAAGCACGCUGGCGUGUCUAUCUAUUCUGCUUAUUAGAAAGGGCGCGCGGCAAAAAGCUAUCCACGGUGAGCCGACGCGGCGCUUGUGACGUCACCUGCAGGCCAUCUCCUAAAAAGGCGGACGACAGC